GAGAGAGAGAGAGAGAGAGAGAGAGAGACUGUGUACGUGGUAAGAUGGCAUCGAGCUGGGGAGGUGUAGUGUCGGAACAGGCCGACUUGAUAGGGACUCGUCUCCGUCAGCUCGUGUCUUCUGGACUGCACUUUCUCCAUGAUGAGGUGGGGAUAGAUUUGGGUUUGAAGCCCGAACUUUACCCGGCCUGGGUGUUUCUCUCCACGGCGCUGAUCGGCCUGGUUCUCCUGCUGGUGCUGGUCGCGGCCUGCGGCGGAGCUCGGCGCAGAAAGCACGGAGCUGUUCGGAGUAAAAACACCGCUGCCGUGAGCAGCACCGAGAGCCCAAAGACCGCGCCGGUGAAAGCACCCAGGCCUGAAGAGCCAAAGAAGAAGAACAAAAAGAAAGCUUCGGAAAAGAAGAACCAGUCAAAUGGAGGCAAGGCUCCUGCUCCUGAUCCUCGAGAGCAAGUCAAUAAGCCAGUUAAGGAGAUCCCUAAACAAGCUGCAACACCACCACAAGCUGCAGCACCACCACCUUCUCCACCACAACCACAAGCACUUGUUGACGCUAAAGCUGAGAAAGCCAAGAAAAGUAAGAAAAAACCGAAACCAGAGGUGAAACCGACACAAGCUGUUUCCUCCACAGAUGGAAAGGAACCCGAUGAAGGUGCUUGGGAGACUAAGAUCAGCAACCGAGAGAAGCGACAGCAGCGCAAGAAGGAGAAGGGCCCUAACGAUGAGUCGGGAAGCCCUGGACGUGGUCAGCAAACUGAGCAUCCUGCAGUUCCAGCUCCAGUGAACACCAAGAAGAAUAAAGAAUCUCUGAAUUUAAAGGCUGCGAAAGCUGAUGCCAGUGUAACACCGGCGCAAUCCACCUGGAAUAACAUGAGCUCUGUGAACACUGGAGGAUGGACUGAUAUUCCUGUGAAGCUUCCACCCCAGGGGAGCGUUUCAGACCGUGAGAAAUCAUCAGCUGGCAUUAAGACAUCAUCUGGACACAAGACUUCUGAGCCAUUGGCCUGGGCUCAAGAAUCUGAGGCAGGGUCAUGGCCCAGCAUGGAUGGACGAAUUAAGCCUGAAGUGAACCGAAUGAACCGCUCUGUGCCCAGAUUAAACCCAUCAGCAGCUAGUGUUCCAGCGACUCAGGCCGCUGCUGAAUUGGGGAAUGGUCACACCAACGCUGAUGAGUGGUCUGGAUUCAAUGGUCUUGGAGCGGUAGAUCCGAGUUCAGACUGGAAUGCUCCUACUGAGCUGUGGGGGAACUACGAUGAACCUAAGCCAGAGACUCCUGCUGCUCAAGAAACACCCAUUUCUCAGUUGCAGGACUCUGAUGAUGACAAGGAUAAAGGAGAUCCUUCUGGAAGUGGUAAGUCCAAGAGAAAGAAGAAAAAGAAGAAGAAGCCAGAAGAUGAAAAUGCUGGCUCACAGGUGGCCACCGGGGGUUCGACUGCACCUGCAGAAAGUGGAUUGGUCAAACCCCAUCCUCAUGUGCCAGUGGAGGAGCCGACCAAACUGACCAUCGCUCCACAGUCAGGACAGAAGAAAUCUGAUCAGAAUCUGGAACCGCUGAAGCAAGUUCAAAAGAAAAAGGCCAGGAGAGAAACAUGAAUCCCCUCAAUCUCUUAUGCAAAGGAUGGAAAUGUUUAUGCAAUAAUUUCAGAGUACAGAAUUUUAUACCGAUUAAAAUCUUCUGUGCUAUUAAACAGAACAUCUUAAGUGAGUUGGGCCAAGUUGGCCAAGAUUUAAAAAAAAAAAAAAAAACAAUACAGCAGACGGAGAACAACUUAUGCACUAUGCUAGACUGAUGUCUUCUAAAGGAUCCGAUUAUCGUACUUGAUAUCACGCACGCUUUUAGUGCAGUGAAAAGAUUAUUUAUUGUUGUCCAACUGCUACUUUUACGAUGUUAAUAGAAUUUGCAAAGUUUGUUAAUAUCAUGGGGGGAAAUUUUAGAAUUUUGAGGACAUGUGGUUUUUUUUUUUUUUUUCUUUCCUUCGGUUUCUCUUCCUCUGGAACUUUUUCUACUGCUGAAUUGCAUUCAGGAGUAUUUGCAGUGUAGCAGUUAGUGUUAGACACCGCUGAGAGACACUGUGCCAUCAGAGCCAUCGUGAUUUUUAAAUCAUCAGCAGCAGCAGGAAGAGACUGGUAUAUUACUGUAUUUUGUCAUCUGGAUGGAAACAAAAUUGAGAGUACAGGUUACUAUAGAGAUGUUUCUAACACUAAGAAUAUUCUCAGUGUGUUUUUUUUUUUUUUUUUCUCCUCCUGUAUCAAGUAUAUAUUUUCACAUAGACAGACAGGAAGUAUACACACAUUUUGCUUUGAGUCAAUUUAAUGCUCUUUGUUUCUCUUGCAACCUCUUCGGUAGAAAAAGCCAGGCCAUAUGUACAGAAUUAAUAAGGGCUUUUUUCUAUAAUUCUCUUUAAUUGCACUGUGCUAAAGGUUGUAAUACUUUCUAUUUUUUGGUUAAUUUUUUUUUUGAUCUUCUUGAAAUGUGAAUGUUUAAUUCCUGUUUUGUUUUUGUUUUUUUCAUAUUAUUGUGAUGGAUUUUUGGGGAAGUGAUUUUUAUUGGACAGAGAGAGAGGGAGAGGGAGACAAACGGUAACUGCAGCUUUACCUCCAUUUCACUAUAAAUAGUGUCAGUAUCUGGAAUCUGUUGCCUUAAUCUGUUAUUUCUUCCUUUUGUAAUGUUCACAUCUAACCGUCUUUCAAAUGGAAGUUUUUGGAAAGAGUUUUUGAUUGAUGUCAGAGCUGCAUUUUGCUGUUGCACGAAUUCUGUUUUAAAUCUUUAAUAAUAAUAAUAAUCAUCGAAUAAAAUCUCCAUUUUCUUUUCACUCAUACAAGUACUACUCUCAACAUAAAGGCUUUAAUGGAUGAGAAAUGCAUUGCUUUUUGCUAGAUUUGAAAUAGUGAAUCUCAAUCUUCUUCCUUUUUUCUUUUCUUUCGUUCGGGCGUAAUGCCUCGAGAAUUUAAUUUAAACGUGUCUAUAUGUGGAUUAACUUGGGUGUUUUAUCCCAUGCUCAUUUUUUGUAAAUUGUGGUAGAUUUCUUUUGUGUACCUGAGGUACUCUGGUUUAGAAUCAGAAACACCUGCCUUAGUUUUCCAUUAGAAAGGUGGUUAAACCAGUGUAUUUAUACCUUGUCUUCAGAUUUUUUGGAUCCAAGAAUGAUCAUGUUUACUGAAGUCGAUGCAAUAUUUCUAUGUUGAUUUGUUAAAUAAAAACAUUUGAUCAUUGGUA